UCUUUACUGCAAUCAUUCAGUCGCCUCUGGAUUUGCGGGCGUUUCAUCGCCGAAUUUCAAUGUUUUGCUCAAAAUUAACUCUAUUGUUCCUUUCAAAAUAUUUAUAAUAAGUUCGUGGAGUGUUGCGUAAUAGUUUUGUGUAAAAAUGAGUUUUUUCGGAUUUGGACAGACAGCGGAUAUCGAAAUCGUGUUCGAUGAUGCUGACAAACGCAAAGUUGCGGAGGUAAAGACAGAUGAUGGUAAAAAGGAGAAAUUACUAUUGUAUUACGAUGGUGAAACUGUAUCUGGCCGUGUAAAUGUAACAUUGAGAAAACCAGGCUCAAAACUAGAGCACCAAGGCAUUAAAGUAGAACUUAUUGGUCAGAUAGAACUAUUUUAUGACAGAGGUAAUCAUCAUGAAUUUAUUUCCUUGGUAAAGGAGCUUGCCCGGCCGGGCGACCUAUUACAGCAUACGUUGUAUCCGUUUGAGUUUGCAAAUGUUGAAAAACCAUAUGAAGUUUAUACUGGUGCUAAUGUAAGAUUACGAUAUUUCCUGCGGGCUACGAUUGUUCGGCGUUUAACAGAUAUUGUUAAAGAAGUUGAUAUCGCUGUGCACACGCUAUGUAGUUAUCCGGACGUGUUAAAUUCCAUUAAAAUGGAAGUGGGCAUUGAAGACUGUCUACACAUUGAGUUCGAGUAUAAUAAAUCAAAAUAUCAUUUAAAAGAUGUUAUUGUUGGUAAAAUAUACUUCCUUCUUGUCAGAAUAAAAAUAAAACACAUGGAAAUAUCAAUUAUCAAACGAGAAACCACUGGUUCAGGCCCUCACACAUUUACAGAAAAUGAAACUGUUGCAAAGUAUGAAAUUAUGGAUGGGGCACCAGUUCGAGGUGAGAGUAUUCCGAUUCGUGUUUUCUUAGCUGGUUAUGAUUUAACUCCUACAAUGAGGGACAUUAACAACAAGUUUUCAGUAAGGUAUUAUCUUAAUCUUGUGUUGAUGGAUACUGAAGAUCGUCGUUACUUCAAGCAGCAAGAAGUUACUUUAUGGAGGAAAAGUGAUAAAUCACGUUUACCACUUCAUAAUCCUCACCAUCCACAAAAUCUUGCUACUCCAACACCUCAAAGACAGCUAAGUGCCUCUAGUGAGGAGAAUUCUAUUAGAACGGCAUCUCCGAAUGCACCAGAAAACUUACAAAGGUCAGUCUCCCCACCAUUGCCUGCAGAGAAGCAAAAUGGCCCUGCACAAAUGGAACAAGAAGAACCUGAUGUUUUACCUGAGAAAAUGUCCAACACACAUAUUGAAGUAACAUCGGAUGUUAUAGAAAAUACUGAAAGCCCUCCAACAACGCUACCAGAAAAUAACAUAGAAACAUCCCCAGUUUCUGAGAAUUGUGUAAAAUUAGCUGAAGUGGAGAAACCACAGAUAAGUGAAAAACCCCAAGUCAAAAAAGGUAAACCACAAGCUGAAAAAAUAAUGGUUGCCGAAAAACCCCUUCUCGCUGAUAAGCCACAACUUGCUGAAAAACCAAGGCUAGUGGAAAGUGAAGCCAGCCCAAGUCAAUAGCCAUUUACUUGUGCGGUGAUACGCACCAACUCUAUGGACUACAUGUUUUAUUUGAAAACAAUUGUUUAAAAUAUGUAUAGCCAUUAGAUUGUUAAUGUUUCAUUUUUGAUGUUUUAUCAAGUAGUGUUAUAAAUAAUGUAAGUGUAAUAACAAAAUUGUGAUAAGGUUUAAAAAUGCACUUUUCUUUGGUGUGUCUCCAAGAUGCAAUGCUAUUGAACAUAAAGUACAUAUUUAUUUGAUUAGGAUAGAUAAAUGAUAAUUGAUAUAUCGUAUGCCUAUAAUUUGUUUAUCUCAAUUUUUGUUAAUUAAAGUGCAGUGCACAGUAUACUAUAGCUUCUAAUUCUUUUUGCAAGAAAAUUUGUAUAUUUUUACACAGAUUAGUGUAUUUGAGAGAAGCAAUAUUUAAAUAUUGGUAGCCUUAUUUGUAUAUUAGAGAGAUCAUGGUCGGCAGUUGAGAAGUAUGUGUUAUGCAAUAGGUACAUUUAUAAUAUUUAGCUAAUCAUCUUCAUUCUGGUAAUUGAUCAUAAUUGAACAUCUAAACACUUUCAUUGCUAGUCUACCUUAGUAUCAGACUACUAUACAGUUUGCCCAUACUAUUUGUAGUACUCUGUUAAUGAACUAUAUUUUCUACAUCAAACUCAACUUACAUGUAACUGACAUUACAUGAAGUUAAUUAGUCAUUUUAAAUUAUAUACCUAAUAAUGUUAUAUUUAAAUAAAUUCAUACAUAAAUAAAUAUUCACUCAUAGCAACUAAACCAAUUAUUAUGAAGGUCGUGGGAAUGUUUUUUAUUCUGAAAACUGAAUUUACUUCAGAGUUUGUAUAUAUGUGCAGAUUUAUUUUUAAAUUAUUGCUGUGCAUUUGUGGACUUGCAAAAAUUAUGAAAGUAAAUAUUGACUUGACUAUAAAUGCCAUGUCUUUUUACAAUAAUUAUUUAUAGAAUCGUUAUUUUCGAUUGAAGAUUGUCAGCGUUAUGAAGUCCCCUUUCAUGUAUUUGGUCAUUACAUCAUUCACGACCGCUUGGCUACUAUCUGAAUGAUAACACAUACAUAUAUUAUGAGAUUAGUCAAUAAUGAUCUGUAUAUAAAUAUUUCGUUUCAAUAAAAUAUUAUGAAAUAUAAACAGGGUUUAUGAAUUGGAAUAGGCAUCCUUUUAAUUACAUAAUGUUAUCGGCAUUUUACAAUCAGACAGCCUUAUCAAACUGUAUGAAUUGUGAUACUAGGGAAAAAUAAUUGAAGGUAUAAUUUUACGUGACAAUACAAAAUAUGUAAACACACAUGUAUUGUCACGUGAACAUACACAUACUCAACCUAGACUUGGUUUAACAACUUGGCUAAACCAGUCUUAACGAGUUGUUUUUAUUCUGUUCAUACCUGUUUCUGAUUUAAUUCUUGUAUUUUUAAAACAUUGCCACUUACGACCUAGCAGCUAUUAGCUAACGCAAUAAAACUUAAAAGUAGGUUUGCUUAAGUGGGCGUAACUUAAAGAGCUUUUCUAUAAAACAAAUAUUUAAGAGGUUUCUUCGACGAGUCGAGUUAAAGUAGAUUUUAGAUUCCACUAUUGUUCGUAAUUUAAAAUUCUUGGGUGAUAUAAAAUUAUCCAUACUGUCUAGAGACAAACUGUGCUGGUUACAUAAUGUAAUCACCUGACCUUAUGUACCUACGGCGUGUUAAUGGUUUUUCCGUUUUUGCAAAUGAAAUAUGUAUAUGAAUUGGGAUUUCCUUCCAAAUUACCAAUAUAAUUUUUUUAUUUUAUGCCAAUGUCUUUUAAAUUUACAUAUGGCCUUUACGGGGAUCACAAUUUAUUCUGUUAUAUUUUUUAGAUCACAUAUUGUUCUAUUCUGCUAACAGUUAACUAAUGCAUUACUGUAGUAUGAUCGACAUCAAUUUAUUUCAAUUGAAUAUAUUAAAUGUGUCCUUCAUAUCAUUGGUUAGGUUGCCAAUGAACAAGUGAUACUACUAAGCAUAAAUAGAGAAAUGAAUCCCCAUUACCUAUAUUAUCUAUAACUUAUUUAAUUAUAUUUGUAUAUGAAAUUGUUUUAUAGGUUGAGGUUUAAAUUUGAUUACACUUACAUUAUACGAAGCAUUGGAUAUUUUAAUCAUAAUUUAUUAGAAAAUUAAACAUUACCAGCCAGUAGGUUAAUCUAGACUGAGGGUGUCCAAUAUGCUCUAGAAAUUCUAUUAAUUUUAUUCCAUCAAUUUAUUUUUAGGUUCGAUCAAUUAUGGACAUUUAUGUAAAAUGUUUGAAUGUA